CCUGUCUGGACAUUCUGGUCAAGUGUUCAGAGGACUUGAAGAAAUGUACUGACAUCAUCAAGCAGUGUAUCAGUAGGAAGAGUCCCGGGGGAGGGGAGGAUGGGGGAGCCAGUCCAGAGAGCAUCUACAGAGCUGUGAUGACUAGACUGAGCUCCUAUCUGAGGAAACUGCCUCUAGAGCUGGAGGGGGGCUGGGUUAGGGUUAGGGUCAGGGGCUGGAGGUCAAGGGUCAGGGAUUGGAGGUCAUAGCGAGUUGGCCGAGCUGGUUAGUAGUCUCCAUAUGCUGCAGCAAGCAGCUGUCCCCUUCUCACCCAUAUUUGGGAAUGAUCAACCGCCACGGUAUGAGGACGUUGUUCAGAACCCUCCCUUACCCAAGAGCAGGGAUAUACUGCCACCCUCGUCACUCGCUCCAGACUCUUCUCUCUCUUUGUCCACUACGCCUGAGACAGCAGGGAGACAUAAGGUUCAGACCAACGGGCUGCAGCACACACACACUCUGUCACACACACACACUCCCUCACCGCACACACACACGUUGUCCGUUUCUACCCCUCCAUCCCAGGCACACACACCUUCCUUGCAAACGCACACUCCGUCAGAGCGCACACACACUCCGUCCAUCUCCCCCAUGGAGGCUCUCUUCAUUGAAGAGGACGCAGACCUGGGGAGGGGGCUGGACAGGGCUUCCAGACACACACACUCACACACCCCGACCAGAAGCCUCACACACACUCACAGUCGGAACGGGACAGCUUUUAGUCCACACACACCCCCCAGCUCCGCGCACACACACCUCAGCCCCAAUCUGUCACACGUACACGUUACACACACACUCCAGUCUGCUGGUGAAGACCUCACCUGCCCCUCAACUUCCGAACACACCCCUCCUGUCACUCAUAGAGACCACGACAUCGACAGGCUUCUGAUGGACUUGGAGUGUCUGUCGCAGAGCAUGGGUCGGGAGAGAGACCAAGUCAGAGAGGGAGAGAGAGAAAGAGAGGCGGAGCCCCCUCUCCCCGUUAAGACCAGACAGAGGGGGACAGGACAGGGGAACACCUCCCCACAAACCCAACACUGUCUCAAGACACAAACCCAAAUCAACCCCCAGGCUCAAAGGCCUUUUCCUGUUAGCCACCUAACCGCUAACGCCCAGGCCACGAGGUCGACCCCCAGCUCGCCUGCUCCUCCUCCACAGGCAGAGGGCAGCAUGGCGGGGCUGGGAGAUGAGGAGGAUGGGGUCCUGCUGCUGAGGAUCCUGGAGAGCAUUGAGAGCUUUGCCCAGGAGCUGGUGGACUCUGGGGGUAGUCCUGGGAACACUGGGAAGACUGGGGCUCAGAGCAAAGAGAAGGAGGUGAUGAGACUCCUACAGGACACUCUGGCUACUGCAGCCAAGACUGACACUCUGACGCAGGCCAAACUACCUGGAUCUCCACCCGCUGGGCAAGAUGGACCUGUACAUGUGUCUGCCUCCACACCAACACCUGCACCCAGACUUACAGAUGGACCUGUCUCUACAGCUCCCACACCUGUCCCUGCCCCUAUCCCCACAACCCUAGCAGAGUCUGUCUCUACAGCUCCCACACCUGUCCCUGCCCCUAUCCCCACAACCCUAGCAGAGUCUGUCUCUACAGCUCCCACACCUGUCCCUGCCCCUAUCCCCACAACCCUAGCAGAGUCUGUCUCUACAGCUCUCACACCUGUCCCUGCCCCUAUCCCCACAACCCUAGCAGAGUCUGUCGCCACAGACCAAGCUACACCUUCUGCCCCUAUCCCCACACCUGUUCCACCAACUACAGUCGUACCUUCAGAAUCAGCCGAUGGACAUCAACAUCCACCUGUAGCUGACCUGACAGCUGUACUUACCACCACGGCCACCCCUCCACCCUCCCCUGUCCCGCCCCCUACACCCACACCUGGAGAGGCACCUGUUGCAACCAUCGCUGCUCCUCCUGUUGCCGUGAGACACCCGGUUGCCCCUAGCGAUGUGGUUGCCCUGAGAGACAUCGGCUCGACGUUGCUCAUCCAGCAGACGCCUGAGGUGAUCAGAGUCCAGUCCAACAAGCAAGAUAAAAAAUCUGGCACCCCUCCUCCAGCCCCUCUCUCCCCCACCCCCUCCGUUCCUCCCCCCACCUCCCCCUCUCCUCCCCCCACUCCAGUCGUCCUCACCCCUCCUCCUCCUCCUCCCCCUGCCCUCAACAUUCCCCGCUUCUACUACCCUCGAGGGUUACCGGGGGUAACAAAAGUCAACCACGAUGCGGCCAUCACUGCCAUAGAAACAGCCUUCACCGAGUUUGAGGAGGAGAAGGCUGAUAUUUACGAGAUGGGCAAGAUCGCUAAGGCAUGUGGCUGUCCUCUGUACUGGAAGGCAGCCAUGUUUAACGGAGCGGGAGGAGAGAGGACCGGCUUCGUCUCUGUUCACUCCUUCAUCGCUACCUGGAGAAAGUUGUUACAUAGUUGCUAUGACGAUUCGUCUAAGUUUAUCUACCUCCUAGCGAAGCCUGGCUGUUCCUACCUGGACCAGGAGGACUUCAUACCUUUAUUACAGGACAUAGUGGACACUCACCCAGGACUGACGUUCUUGAAGGAUGCCCCAGAAUUCCAUUCCCGUUACAUCACCACCGUGAUUCAGCGGAUAUUCUAUGUGGUCAACCGCUCGUGGACAGGUCGCAUCACCAUGACGGAACUACGCAGGAGCAACUUCCUGCAGACCCUGGCCCUGUUGGAAGAGGAGGAUGAUAUCAACCAGAUAACAGAUUAUUUCUCUUAUGAGCAUUUCUAUGUGAUCUACUGUAAGUUCUGGGAGUUGGACACAGACCACGACCUUUACAUUGACCCUAAGGACCUGGCUCGUUACAACGACCACGCAUCUUCAAGCAGAAUCAUUGAGAGGUUGUUCUCAGGAGCCGUUACACGGGGUAGCUCAGUGCAGAGGGAAGGGAGGAUGAGUUAUGCAGAGUUCAGCUGGUUCCUCAUCUCAGAGGAAGACAAGAAAAACCCUACCAGUAUAGAGUACUGGUUCAGGUGUAUGGACACAGAUGGGGACGGUGUGUUGUCUAUGUUUGAGUUGGAGUACUUCUAUGAGGAGCAGUGUAGUAGGAUGGAGGGGAUGGGCAUUGAACCGCUACCCUUCACAGACCUGCUCUGUCAGAUGCUAGACCUUGUCAAACCUGAAAGCCAAGGUAAGAUAACCCUGUCUGAUCUGAAGAGGUGUAGGAUGGCUCAUAUAUUCUUCGACACGUUCUUCAACCUGGAGAAAUACCUGGACCACGAGCAGAGAGACCCGUUCGCUUUGCAGAAGGACAUAGACAAUGAGUGUCCAGAGCCUUCAGACUGGGAUAAAUACGCUUCAGAGGAAUAUGAGAUCCUGGUGGCAGAAGAGACAGCUAAUGAACAGCUGCAGGAGGGGACGUUUGAUGAUGACUAUGAGGAGGCGGAGCUUCCUGUUCAAGGAGAGAUGGUUGGGAAUAAGAUGGAUAAGCUUCUCAUAUCAGAUCUGUCAGCAUGAAAUUCCCAAAGCCUGGAAUACCGCUCCCUUCCCCUUGGAUAUACAGGAGACAGGGGAGAGAGGAAGAAAUUAAGAAAAAGCUAAAGCGAUGGAGGACUCCAAACUCUCUCAGCUUCUCCUUUCAUACACAGACAGGGACAGAAGGGAUGGUGAGAAGACAGAGGGGGUGGACUGAAAACGAGAGAGAGGAUGGACAGAACGAGAUAGAGGAUGGACAGAACGAGAGAGAGGAUGGACAGAACGAGAGAGAGGAUGGACAGAACGAGAGAGAGGAUGGACAGAACGAGAGAGAGGAUGGACAGAACGAGAGAGAGGAUGGACAGAACGAGAGAGCACUCUGGCAGCUGUCCUCUCAGCCCUCUGUAGGAGAGAACAUGUUUUCCAGUCUUUUAUCUUCAUUGGAGAUUGUGUGUGUGUGUGUUGUCUAUGCAUGUGUGUGUGUGUAUGUGUGUGUGUUUGUGUCAUCCCAAAGACUGUGUUUAGUGCAAUAAUGUGUCUUAACAUGUUUAUUAUGUAGAAGUAAGAAAGCACAAAUCCUGAUGUGGAGAUACUUCCUGUAUUAUGUUUAUAAUUACUGCCAUAUGGAGAUUUUUUCACUGACAAUCAACUACUAGACAAUCAGCUAAUCAAUCAAGUUGUUUUCAAAUGUGUCAAUUAACACACACACACACACACACUGUACAUACACACAGCUCUGUGCAAAACACCGCCAUCUUGUGGUCGCUAGUUAUACUGCUGGCUGCUCUGAGAGACGCGUGACGUUUGGAAAAGGGAGCUGUUGGAACACGGCUGUCAGCGUCUCCGUUGAUAAACCUCAUUUUCAGUGUUCUAUUUCAGAAUGUUACUGUUAAGUAGUUUGAUCAGGCGGGCCAUUGUGUGUUUGAUUCAUUUAGAAUUAGUCAAAUGUUUAAUUCAGUUUGAGAUAAAACGCAUGUACUGUAUAUUCCGUCCGUAUACUUUUCAAAGGAGUUCUCUCAUAGCAGAGGCUGCGUCACUAAUGGCAGUCUAUUCCUCAUAUAGUGCACUAUAACUUCUAGGGAGUAGAGUGCUAUUCUAGAUUUGACCAGAAUCAACCACAGUGUACAUAGACUGAGCUGUAACAAACUAACUAUGAACUAACUAUCUCUCUGGCAGAGAUGUUACUGUAUAAACCAAAAUGGACAGGAAUGGAAUCUGCCAAAAUGGGCAGAAGUGACACACACACACACACACACACACUUGCUAGCCACAAGGCGCGCUGUCGACACGUGGAACAGAGCUGUAAAGCUAACAGGCGUUUUCAUGUGUCACCUAAGGGGAUGUUCAAAUAGCAUGAUGUUAAAGAUGAAAAGAGUGGGCCUAACUAACUGCCAUCCUGUCAUUAUCCUCCUCAGCAUCAUGUAUUCUUUAGGUUGUCACUGGUGAAUGCUGGUGGUGUUUUAAAGCUGUGUUCAUGCGCGUGUGUGUGUUUCUUUAAGAGCGACAAUCUGUCCCGAUAUAUCCAUUGUAAAUGUGUAUUUAACUCUACAUAGUGUUGCCAUUGUGUACAGAUGAUGUAUCUGAUGCUUUGUGUUGCUGUGUGGCUCGACGGGGUUCAGUUAUGUGGCGUGUGACCCAAAUGCACAAGGAUGAUUGGUCGGAGGUCAUAGAGGGACACGCCCACCAGACAAUUGACUGUCAAUCAAUUUGUCAAUCACCUAUCAAUCAGUUUGAUAGUCUGAUUGAGUAAUAAGGAGCAUCUUGCUGUAACUGGAUUGGACACACUGGUAGCUCCUCCCUUUAGAGAGACUCAUGCUGUUGUAGAGACACACACACACACACACAUUUAUGAGACACUGCUGUGUCUGACGCUAUGCAAACAAUCUGCUUUUUUGCUGACUGCCCUGGGAACACACACACAUCUGCUCUGUACUAGGUGCAGGGGGCAGGGUGAGAAGCCAUGAUGGAACUGCCUAUGACCGGAGACACUUCUGCCGCAAUGAGGACUUUUACUUUGAAAUGUAUGUCUGUUUUAAACAACUUUUACUUAGAUUUUUUUCCCCCUAAUAAUCUGACGUUUUACUUCCAGGUUGAUGAGGCUUCAGUAGAUGUUCUUGUGUUUCGCAUGGCUUCCUUCUUUCUAUCUUUCCUUUGUUUUCUUUUAAAAGUGAAUUCAAAUAAAGGCGAUUUAAGGAGAGAGAGAAAAUGAAUGGCGGAUACAACUCAA